AUGUUGGCCUACAAAUUUCCACAGUGCAGCUUUCUUUGUACUUUUUUGAAGUUGUGCCUUUACAGAGUUUGCAUCCUUGCAAGUGUCAGAGAGAGUGGGGUAGGAUCUCCGCCUUAAAUCAGAAUACAAAACAUGUAACUACGGCCAAGUCAAGGUAAGAUCCUCGCAUCGAUUUAAUGUUCUCUUGUAUGGGACUAACUGGACUGUUUUACACCUUGGAAAAUAACAGAAAAUUAAUCUGAGUCAAACUCAACAUCAUAAAAAUGUUCUUAACUGUACAGGCAAGGUUUAAUGUGACAUUUUAAACUGUAAUACAAGGCUGCGAAGCAGGUGGCCUCUUGAAUAACGUGUGAAAACAAUAGUAUAUGUACUCACGUACUGUACAAUGUUUACCAUUGUAAAUUAUGUGAAGUGAAUCAGUCAAACUCACCACCAUAAAACCUUUAACUGUACAGGCGAUGUUUAAGGCAGUAUUUCAAAUAAAAGUUGGACAAAGCAAGUUAAACAGGCACGCAGCAGAGGUAACAAAGGUGUGGUGAUACUGUCAUCUAGUGGCGGUGUAUGGGUAUUGCUGUAAUUGUGUAGUAGUUUUUAAUAUACUUUUUUUUAUGGUAUCUGCUCGGGAAAAUGUAUUUGUGUUUGUAAUUAAUUAAUGUAAUUGAACCAAGCAGCCUUGCCUAUGACGCAAUGUCUUGUUCUAUGGUUAUCAUCACUCGUCCUAGUUCAGACCUGUAACCGGGGGGGUUCGGGGUUCGAACGAACCCCCCCGCGGGCCACAAAGUUCCACUGGGUAAAAAAAGAAAAAAAAAAUCAAGUCCCAGGCACAUUCAUUUGUCAUUUUGAUGAUGUUGAAAAUAUGUAUCAGAAAAAUGGAGGGAACACCAGCACCCAAAAUAUUUAAUUACAAGGAGCAUUUUUUCAUGACUAGGAGGAGAAAGAGAAGAAGGAAGUGAAGCAAGAGUCGAGUGGUUUGGAUCUGCGUGUCUUAUCUCAAACAGAAACUCUGCGUGGUGCCUCUAUCCUGGAUUUAAAACAACACUUUGUCAAAUUCUUCAGUUUGUUCUCCUCGGAAGCCUCUUCCACAAUGAUAGUCAUCAUGUUAUAUCUACUGGUGCUGAGUGCGCUCGCCGCUGCAGGCGAUCUGGUCCACACCAAAGCAGGCCAGAGCGCCACCAUCAAGUGCGGCAUCAACAACUUCAUUAACAGCCUAGAGUGGAUUCGUGGCAGCAGCUUUAUCGUCGGGGUCGGUGGAAAGAAUCGCAUGCCUCGCAAAGGCCCUGGUGACAUUGCAUUAAGGUCAAAGGUCAUGCAUGACACAAAUCUGGUCAUAUCGGGGGUGAAGGAAGGAGACGCCGGAGAGUUCGUGUGCAAGGCAGACAACGAACGUCAAGUGCACACGCUUGUUGUCUUCACCGUGUGGGUGGACCCCCCUGGUUCCCUCCAGGUGGGCAGCCACGCUACACUAAACUGUAGAGUAUCCGGUCUGCCUUUGGACACGGUGGUGCAAUGGAGGAGGCCUGACAGCGGUCAUCACCUGGGCUCCCCUGUUACCCUCAUCCCAGUGAAGGAUUUCCACAGGGGGAUUUGGAAGUGUGUGUUCUCUCAUGAUGCCGCCGAGUAUGCAGAGGAGAUAGAUAUUAUUGUUCAAGGCUCUAUGACGACCCCCUUCCAGGUGUUUGGUGGUACUUCCCCGACCCGCUCUGAAGGUCUGGUUCCGGAGCUGGCCUGGUGGGGUAUGGCAGCAGGUGGCAGCGUGGUGGUGCUUCUGCUGCUGGUCUUGGUGCUGGUGUUGUGUCUACGGAUUAGAAGAAGGAAGAAACAUUUCCUCCAGAUGAAGAACGCCAGAAAGUCUCUGAAUUCCAGACAGUAUUGCCAUUGUCGCUGCCCGCCAGCUGCUCCUGCUGCAGCAGCACCACCACCACAGAAGAAGAUGAAGCCGCCUGCCCUCUCUGCGCAGAAGAAGUGAUAGAAGAAUGCAAAAAAAAAUGGAUAAGGAGUGAAAGACAAAGAGAAUUCCUAAUUAUGCAGCCUUUUCUUUUUCGUUUUUUUUGGCUACCAGUGACAUGAAUGUAAAUAAGAUUACCGUAGUUUGGAUUUCUAGUUUGUUACAUGACACGUUACAUUGUGACACUGUGCAUUUUUACUUCCUGUGGAUAAAAACAUCAACUUUUACUACUAUUUGAAUACUGAAAAAUAAAUCUAUUGUUUGAAGCUGACAACAUUAUUCAUACCAUUCAAACUAAGUGAAAGUAAAUUUGUAAUGAGUUUAUUGGUAUUUUACUAUCAGGAAAUGGCACAAGAAAGUUGCAAAAGACUGAGAAGUUGUUGAAAAAUAUAAUAAUGAUAAUUUAUAAAAUGUUUCUAGUGUUUUUUUUAGAC